AUGCGAAUCAUCAGCAACAGCGUCAAGUCAAAUCUCAAACCACGAUUCAACACCAUGUCCGACCAACGAGUAGCCGCCAUCACGGGCCAAGCCGUUGCCCGCGUCGCAGAGAUGCGUGGUCACCUGCCCGUCAGCAGAAACAGCAUUGUCAAAUUCGACCCCGUCGUCGUCAAGAACGACGCUGAGGCCACAACGAUCAUCGCGCACGCGCGCUUCCCAGAGCUGGUCCGGGCCUUCCUGCAGCACAAGAUACAGCACGGCUCUGCAGUUGAGCAGUCUCUCUACACAUCCAUGUCUUGGCGCGAUGAGGUUUCUCGUCUGAUCUCGAAGCGUCCUCUAGUUUUCAUGGGUGGUAGUGAUCUCACCAAGCUACCAGACGGCCGAAUCUUGGGCGGCGCUGCUCGGGACUGGGAUCGUGUCGGCACCGAUCAGGAACAUCUCAAUUCUCAUCUUCGGCUCAACGACUUUUUGAGCUACGAUGAGAUGAUGUUGAGUGCGCUUCUAGGGGUUUCCGGCUCUAGCCAUUUUAUAAAUGACGGAAGUAGAUACAACGCAGCAAGGCCCGGUGCGCCUGGGACGUUUGAGCAGCGAGGAAUCAUUGUCGGACUAGUCGGUGCUCGCUUCGAGAGGGAGGAUCGAAUGGAAUCCAGCUAUAUCCUGCCUCCGGUUCGACACCCAAGGAUGCAUCCCGAUUUACGCCGAACAUGGCAGGAUUUUCUUCGCAUCGGACCUCCAGCGCCGGACAAUUUCAAUGCCCAGGCAUAUCAAGCCCGUAUUCGCCUUUCGGCCGAAAUGCUCUUAUUCGAGGCCGAUAGGCGUGCGAGGAUUGCGAACAAGAAGGCCUACGUGUACAUUGUUGGCCUCGGGCUUGGCGUAUGGCAGGUGGAUGCCGACCAGCCGCGGCUCUAUGUUGACGUCUUUGCUCAAGUGAUCAAAGAUCUCGGCUCUCAAUUGGCCGAGCUGGGAACUCUGGAGUUUGCUUGGAUCGACGUAGCGUCUGCCAAUCGCCAGAACAUGGAGGCCAUCGCAGCGUCGCACGGUGUUGACGUGCUGUUCUCUAAGAGGAAUCCAGCAGCGAAAUUACCAGCGGACAAAGCCGAACAGCUCCUGGUGCUGAGCUACGCAUGGGACUCAAACAGUUUCCCAGGAAAUGAGUAUUGGAUGGGCUCUCUCACUGCCAGCGGUGACCCGGCGGCGGCCUGUAUGUCUACAAUCGCCGAAUUGCACAAUCCGGUUAUCAACCCUAGCUUUCUGGGUAGACUGGAGCUGCUGGGGUAA